AUGGACACUGACGAUUUAGCUGCAAGACGCCAGCAAACUAACGAGCAAAAGAACAAGGAAGCACCACCUGAGUUGAGCCCUGUACCUCAUUCUGAAGGCACCUCAAAAUACGAUGAAGAUUUUUUCUCUGGGCUAAGCCCAGAAGAGAAGGAAUGUCUAGAGAACUUGCUGCAGACAAUUGACUCCUUGGAUGAGGAUCUUUUAGGUGAUGAUGAUGUUGAUGGUGAUGAUGAUGAAGAAGAAGAAGGGAGUCAUCAGGAAUUGGCAGAACCACUAGGUGCUGAGGACCAAUGCAAGGACAGUGUUGACUCCAGGAUGCAGCAAAGUACGCCUGUGGAGGCAGCCUCAGCCAAGCCCGGUUCUCCUCGCCCUGCCCAUUCCAAGAUUAAAAUGACCAAGUCCCUUUCGGAGGAAUCAGCUGACAUCACUCGGAGGAGGGGCAGGCCCAACCCUUCUUCUCCCAGAGCCAGAGGGCCUCAUAGAUUAGCGGAAUCUCACCCUGCUUACUUCAGGAAGUUUGACACAAUAAUGAGGUCAGGGGUCAACGUCCAAGAGCUUCGCUCUCGCUUCCUCCACCACCUUGACAUCUCCACUGCUGUCAGAGAACCAACAGAGGCUGCUGCGGGAACAGAUAAGCAGCCGUUGCCGUUGCCUGGAGGCCAGAGGUCCCCUAGGGAUGAAGCACUGAAGAAGUUGGGCCUCUUCCAGAGAAUUUCUAGCGUUCCAAAUAUGAAAAGUCCUCUGGUGCCCACGGUGGGCCAGCAUGCCCAGGAUUCACAGGCCGAAAGUCUGAACCACGUGGGAAUGGCAGGCUCCAUCAACACCAUGGAAAAGCCUGUGAAAUAUUGCACACACCCCAAUCUCUGAGAGGUGAGAGACUCCAGGCAUUCUAGCUCUGAUCCAGGUUUUGGUUUCCUUGGA